UUUACCUCCUGGCAUUAAAAAGGUGCCUCUAAUACCCGAUAAUACGAGUAACAUAACAAAGGAUUAUCUUCUGACAACAGUUUUAGUCUGAUAGAAAAACAUGCUAGCUGUAGCACAGGUGAGACUGCAGGUGUUAAUCAGGUGUGUGAUCCUCAGCUACACAGGAUUGCAGGUGUGAAUCAGGUGUGUAAUCCUCAGCUACACAGGAUUGCAGGUGUUAAUCAGGUGUGUGAUUCUCAGCUACACAGGAUUGCAGGUGUGAAUCGGGUGUGUAAUCCUCAGCUACACAGGAUUGCAUGUGUGAAUCGGGUGUGUGAUUCUCAGCUACACAGGAUUGCAUGUGUGAAUCAGGUGUUUGAUCCUCAGCUACACAGGAUUGCAGGUGUGAAUCAGGUGUGAUCCUCAGCUACACAGAAUUGCAUGUGUGAAUCAGGUGUUUGAUCCUCAGCUACACAGGAUUGCAGGUGUGAAUCAGGUGUGUGAUCCUCAGCUACAUAGGAUUUCAGGUGUGAAUCAGGUGUGAGAUCCUCAAAUAGAUGAGAUUCCAGGUGUCAACAAUCAGGUGUGUGAUCCAGGUAUGAAUCAGAUGUGUGAUCCACAGAUACACAAGAUUGCAUGUGUCAAUCAGGAGUGUGAAUCAGGCGUUAAUCAGGUAUGUGAUCCAGGUGUUAAUCAGGUGUGUGAUCCAGAUGUUUCUCAGGUGUGUGAUCCUCAGAUACACAUGUGUAGUCUUCCGGACUCGUUGCUCCUGGAGAUUUUCUCAUUCCUGGAGGCUCACGACAUCACACUUGCAGCCCAAGUCUGUUGCCGGUGGCAAACAGUCUCAUAUGAUGAAAGUCUCUGGCGCCAACUUAUCUACAGAAGGUGGAGUCUAAAGGAGAAACCUGCACGACACCCGUUUCAGUGGCGGUCUGAGUACCAGCGACUGUGUGACAACGUCCCCAACGUCCUGAGUGAGACGUUGACAGACCACACUGACGAAGUUCUGCACGUCAGCUUUUCACAUGAUGGCCGUUUAUUUUCUACAACGUCCAAAGACUGCACAAUCAAGGUAUGGGAGGUUGGUUUCCCGACCACUCUGAAGUACAGUCAGGACUUCCGCUCUCAGUUUCACUGGGACUUCACGCAGUUCUCGUGCUUCAAUGCUACUGAUACCAUGCUGCUUGUAUCCAGUGUGAAAACAGCAGAACUUGACCGGAGAGGAUAUGUCGCCAUUCUCUCUCUCAUUCAUGAUUUCCGUUUGUUACAAGUAUUGUCAAUGGACCCGAGUCAGCUGUUUGGUACGUGGUUGAAUCCCACCACGUUCCUGGGCGGAUCCCUUGAAAUCAGUCUCGACAGGUUUAUAACUACAGUGCAGAUAAAGGCAUUCAAGAUUGAGAACACACCUUUUUCCUUGGAUAAUGCUGUUGCUAUGGCAACACAGUCUGGAGAGACUCUAUUUACUUUCUGCAGUGAAAAUGCCAGUCUAAUCAAGUUCCUUACUGUUGUAAAUAAUCCAUGUGUCAGCCAUUCACAUACAGGACAUGAAGCUUUCUCCUCUGGUGAUUCAGCUGAUGUAAAUCCUUCAAGUACCAGUCAGUCACAUAGAGGACACAAAGCUACCUCCUCUGGUGACACGGUUAAUGUAUAUCCAUCAUUUUCCAGCCAUUCACACACAGGACAUAAAACAUCCUCUGGUGAUAUAGCUAAUGGAAAUCCACCAAAUACCAGUGAUUCACAUACAACACACCAAAGGACUUCAGGUAGUACAGCCAUUACAAAUAGUUCAGGUGCCAGUGGUUCAAAUACAGGAUGUCACUGGACCGUGUGUGAUGUAGCUGAUGUAAAUCUUUCAAUUACCAAUAACUCAAAUACAGGAGACAAAAUGUUCUUGAGUGAUAGUGCUGUUUUAAAUAGUUCAGGUUCUAAUACUUCACACACAGGAUAUCAUUCCAUCUUGAGUGACACUGUUAAAGUAAAUUCUUCAAGAGCCAGUAAUUCACAUGAAGAACAGCAAAAUACCUGUAGUGGUACAUCUGGUGUAAAUGCACUAUGUACCAGUCGUACACGCACAGAAUUUGAAGCUACCUCAAGUGGUUUACACAGAGAACACCAGACCGUGUCCAAUAAUGCAAAACCACUCCCUGACAAUAGCUGUUUGGAUAACAGCAUAUGUUUUUCUGAUCACUGUAGACCUGGUGAACCUACUUGCAGCAGGAGCAAUUUGCCUAGGAAAACUGGUGUUCGUGUUGAUACAGGUAAUGUUAAAGUGUACAGAGAGGAGAGCACAGCAUGUAGCAAGUUGUGUCUCUGUUGUCGCAGAGUAAAAACUAACCAUAUGAUAGGACAAAGUAGUGAUUGUGAUAUUACAGACCUUGAAGUGGAUGGCGAUGAGACACUUCCAUUAAGCAGAGAAUGCGAUUGGUUGGAUUUGUCAAGUAGACGGUCUGGAGACCUUGAUAUGACAGGUUCUAACAAGGAUAGGCUUUUAUUGAGCUCAGAAUGUAAUGAUGUGUUGGAUGGAACAUGUAGAGACGAUGAACCAGAUUGUUUUAAAGAUAGAACUACUCAGUUCAGAAACUAUGAUAUAGCAGAUUCUGUGUUAACUUCAGGAUGUGAUGUGUUGGAUACUUCACAAGCAGACCCUGAAAUAGAUCAUUUUGGAGAUAGGACUAGACUAUCUGAAAACUACAACAUGGUAGAUACUGUGUUAACUUCAGGAUAUGAUGAGGAUGAACAACAACAAUUUAGAGAUGGAUCUGGAGAGCGUGACAUUACAGAUUCUGGUGAAGAGAGACCAGUAGAGGACAGUUGUGAUACAGCAGAUGUAUGGUCAUCAGGCCAGCAAGGACACUGUCUCAUCUAUGUGACGGGGGAGUUUGCCGUUGCUCUACAUCAGCUCGGAUUCAAAGCCUUGUCCACUGAGAACAAGUCGAGCAGCAUGACCAACCAAGAGUCUUCAGCACCGCAGUUUGACCCUGAAACUACCGAAAGUCACAUGGUGGUCAACUACAGUAACCAGCUGAUUGAAAUGCAGCAGGUGCGGAAGCCAGACCCGUUUGACCACCUGAUAGACCUGAAUGGACACAUCACUGGUCUGUGCUUGUCCCGGGAUCACAGGUACCUGUUUGUGAACUGCAGACCGUGGGUGGGGACAGUUGACCGCAGUGACCCGUGGGCUACGCCGGAGCUAUCGACGGAGAUAGAGGUGCGCGUGAUCGACCUGAGCACGAUGGAGAUAAGCUCUGCGCUGUACACCGGCCACAAGGGCCUCUCGCCAUCCACCAUGUGCUGCUUCAUCUUCCUCGACACCAGCCACAACUUCGUCGGCAGUGGAAGUGAAGACUGUAAAGCGUACGUCUGGGAACGUCGCUAUGGCUGUCUUGUUGGAGAACUGCCUCACGGACCAGGUGUUGUCAAUGCCGUCGCGUUCUGUCCUAGCAACCAGGAAUACCUUGUGACAGUGAGUGACGAUAACACCAUCAGGAUAUGGAGAUCAAGGCAUGACAUGAGAUUGUUAUCAUAGAUAAAACCAUCAGGAUAUGGAGAUCACGUCAUGACAUGGGAUUGUUAUCACAUGCAUAACACCAUCAGGAUAUGGAGAUGACAUCAUAACAUAAGAUUGUUAUCAUAAAUAACACCAUCAGAAUAUGGAGAUGACAUCAUGACAUCAGAUUAUCAUAGGUAACAUCAGAAUAUGGAAAUGACAUCAUGACAUAAGAUUGUUAUCAUCGAUAACACCAUCACAAUAUGGAUAUUAUGUCAUGUGACGGUUUAGGGUUAUGAGGAACGUUCUAAAUAUCUACAGGUAGCGUUGUGUGUUUUUCUCCCCGUCAAACCACCCAAGCACAGUUUAUCAAUAAUUCUGAGUGGAUAGAAUAAGACACUUGCUAUUUAUAAUUAAAUUACAUUUAUUGCUUAUAAUGAUUAAUAUCUCUACGGUAUAAAGUAGGCUAACUCGCAAACUAGUAUAAAAACAUAGUCUACGGAGAAAUAAAACUACUGUAGGCCUAAAUUGUAAAUGAUAAUUAUUAAUUUCUUCAUGUCUCGCCUGGACAAUGUAUUGUUUCUUAAUAAAAUCGCUGCUUACAUUUA